AUGGUGCAGAGGCCGCUGUCGCUGCGCCCCCGAUGCGCGCUGUUCCUGCCAAUGCUGCCCGUGCUGCUGCCCGUGCUGCUGACGGUGCAGACCGUGAGCGCCUCGGCCCUGUGGCCCCAGCCGCUCUCAGUGCAGACGACCACGCGCCAAAUACUCCUCUCCCCGGAGAACUUCUACUUCGGCUAUGGUCCCAAUUCUACGGCCAGCCACUCCUGUAUCGUCCUGCAAGAGGCUUUUCGGCGAUAUUAUGAAUAUAUUUUUGGUUUCUACAAACAACGCCCUGGCCCUACUAGAAUUCAACCUGGAACCGAGUUAAAGCAACUUCUUGUCACGACUGUCCUAGACUCAGAAUGUGACACUUACCCCAGUAUCACAUCUGAUGAGUCAUACACGUUACUUGUGAAAGAACCAGUGGCAAUGCUGAAGGCUAACAAAGUUUGGGGAGCAUUACGAGGUUUAGAGACCUUUAGCCAGUUAAUUGUUCAAGAUUCUUAUGGGACUUUCACCAUCAGUGAGUCCACCAUUAUUGAUUCACCAAGAUUUCCUCAUAGAGGAAUUUUAAUCGAUACAUCCAGACACUAUCUGCCAGUUAAGACUAUUCUUAAAACAUUGGACGCCAUGUCUUUCAACAAGUUCAAUGUUCUCCACUGGCAUAUCGUUGACGACCAGUCGUUCCCUUUCCAGAGCAUCACUUUUCCUGAGUUAAGCAACAGAGGAAGCUAUUCUUUGUCACAUGUUUAUACACCAAAUGAUGUCCGUAUGGUGCUUGAAUAUGCUCGAUUACGAGGGAUUCGAGUCAUUCCAGAGUUUGACUCCCCUGGACAUACGUUGUCUUGGGGAAAAGGUCAAACUAACCUCCUUACACAGUGUUAUGAAGGAACACUGCCUACUGGGCUGUAUGGACCUGUGAACCCUACUGUGAACACAACUUACAGCUUCCUGUAUAAAUUGUUCAAAGAAAUCAGUGAGGUGUUUCCAGACCAAUUCAUUCAUUUAGGAGGCGAUGAAGUGGAAUUUCAUUGCUGGAUGUCAAAUCCAGAAGUACAGAAUUUCAUGAAGCAAAAAGGCUUUGGCAAAGAUUUUAGAAAACUAGAAUCUUUCUAUGUUCAGAAGCUUGUGGACAUUAUUGCAGCUAUAAACAAGAGAUCUGUCGUCUGGCAAGAGGUUUUUGAUGAUAACGUGAAGCUUCAGCCAGGCACUGUAGUUGAAGUGUGGAAAUCAGAAGACUAUACUCAAGAACUCAGCCAAGUCACAGAAGCUGGAUUCCCUGUAAUCCUUGCUUCUCCUUGGUACUUGGAUUUGAUUACAUAUGGACAAGACUGGAAAACUUACUAUCAAGUAGAACCUCUUAAUUUUUCUGGUUCUCUGAAACAGAAAGCACUCGUCCUUGGUGGCGAAGCUUGCCUAUGGGGAGAAUAUGUGGAUGCGACUAACCUCACUCCAAGAUUAUGGCCUCGGGCAAGUGCUGUUGGCGAGAGACUAUGGAGUAGCAAAGAUGUCAGAGAUGUAAGAAAUGCCUAUGACAGGUUAACAGUGCACCGAUGCAGAAUGAUCAGGCGUGGAAUAGCUGCAGAACCUCUUUUCACAGGCUACUGUAGCCAUGAGCACAGUACAUAA